CUACUUUUCUUCAUCCUUCUGUCUGGUGUACAUCUUUAAAAUGCAAUACGGAGAACUGCCACAAGCACACUUGGAGAACCCGAGAAAAGCAGAGUUUCGCACAUUCAGAUGAGAGCCAGUGACAGUACUCAAUCUCACCAUUUCAUCACAGGCAGAUGAUAUUACAGUGCAAGAACAUUCAGAGUAUUCUGUGCUUGCUGAGUGGGAGGGUCACACUGUGUGAGACUAAUAAGGACAGAGCUGCAUCCCCCUCUACCACUCCUUGGAGACUCACUCCAGCAACUCCUCGGCACUACAGCAGCUCUGUACAGGCAUUUCCAGUGCGUCUAGGGGACAGACUAACACAGACAUUAAAGAUUUGUUGCUGAUUGUUCACAUGCGUCCAGGGGGAGAUGAAGUACAUUGGAUCAUGCAUAGUUUGGCUUUGUAUGGCAGUCUUCCUCCUUCUUCCUGUUUCUACUUCUGUGGCUGUCAGUGACCACACAGGGUUUGAUCUGGCAGAAAGCUUUUCUUUGAGGCAAACGUCUUGUGGAGGUGAAAAAAACUGCUUUAAACUGGGAAGCGCGCCUCUCGUCAGAGACACAAAGCAAGUAUUUCCAAAUGGGCUUCCUGAAGAAUACUCUCUAGUUGCUAUGUUCCGUGUACGGCGAAAUACCAAGAAGGAACGUUGGUAUAUAUGGCAAGUUUUAAAUCAGUAUGACACACCUGAGAUCUCUGUCCUUCUGGAUGGUACAAAAAAGGUUGUGGAGUAUAUGACCAAAUCUGCUCAGGGAAAUAUACUGCACUACACUUUUAAGAGUCGAGAAAUUUAUCCAUUGUUUGAUCGGCAGUGGCAUAAACUUGGUAUUAGCGUCCAGUCAAGGAUCAUUUCCCUCUAUUUGGAUUGUAAUUUAAUUGAGAGAAAGCAGACUGAUGAAAAAUUCACCAUUGACUUGCAGGGAAGGACUCUGAUUGCUUCUCGUGCUGCAGAUGAUAAGCCUGUAGAUAUUGAACUUCACCACUUAACAAUCUAUUGUGAUCCAAAAUUUGCAGCAGAAGAUACGUGUUGUGAAAUAUCUGCCGAACUGUGCUCACAUGAGGAGAGACUUCUUGCUACAACUUCAUCACCAGUGACUGUUCAUGCCAGCAAAAUAUACAUGCUUCCAGGAAUACAGCAGGAAUCGAGAGAGAGAUGCCACUGCUUUCCAAAUAAAGGAGAAGCAGGAUUGCCAGGAGUAGCUGGUUUGCCAGGCAACAAAGGAGAUAAAGGUGAAAAGGGUGAAAUGGGAGCAAAAGGACAGGACGGUGUUGCUGGUCUUCCUGGCGAAAAGGGGGAAGCUGGCUUAGUAGGUGCUCCUGGCAUACCUGGUCUUACUGGUUCCAAGGGUGAACGUGGCUUUUCUGGUGGUAAAGGUGAAGAAGGAGAAAAGGGUGAAAAAGGAGAUAAAGGAGAACCAGGACCAGAAGGCAUUCAUGGAAGAGAGGGACUAAAAGGUGAUCCUGGUAGUCCUGGUGUGUCUGGUCCUAAAGGAGAAAAGGGAGAUGCAGGACCUCCAGGACCAACUGCCUUGAAUGGUUUGCCAGGACUGGAGGGUCCCCAAGGUCCACCUGGCAAAGAAGGCCAAAGGGGAAGACGUGGCAAACCAGGCCCCCCAGGAAAACCAGGACCACCAGGACCUCCUGGCCCUUCUGGACUAAAAGGAAUUCUGGAUUCACUGAACAAGCAUUAUAAUGAGAGUGAUACGAGACUACUAGGAUUACUUGGGACUCCUGGACUUAAAGGCCAGAAGGGAGACAUUGGUCAAAAAGGAGAGUUGGGAAUGACCGGUGCAAAAGGAGAAAAGGGAGAGCCUUCUGAAAAAGGGGACAAGGGAGAUCCAGGUGAAACUGGAAUGGAAGGAUCAAAAGGAAGUAAGGGUGAAACAGGAGACCCUGGACCACCUGGUCUGACUGGAAAUCCAGGAUCAAAGGGGCUACAAGGACCUCCAGGACCUGUGGGACCUAGGGGACUGCCAGGAGAAGUUGGCUUACCAGGAGAGCAUGGGGUACCAGGAAGCCCAGGUGUUAAAGGAGACAAGGGGGACCCUGGUGGGAUUAUGGGACCACCUGGACACCCAGGUCCUAAAGGUGAUGUGGGACCUCCUGGGCCAAGUCUGCCUGGAACACCAGGUCCCACUGGUAUUCCUGGAAACCCAGGUCCACGGGGACCAAAGGGAGAAAGAGGACUACCUGGUGUCCAAGGAGCACCUGGGGAGAUGGGGCCCCCUGGAAUAGGCAUUCAGGGAUCACCAGGUCCUGUAGGUCCAGCUGGAUCAGCAGGUAUGCAGGGCCCUAGAGGACCCCCAGGAUUACCAGGAACUCCGGGUACCCCUGGUAUUAACGGUGCUCCAGGAAGAGAUGGAAAGCCAGGACUACCAGGCCCUCCAGGUGACCCUAUUGCACUGCCACUUGUGGGAGAUAUGGGUGCUAUACUGAAGGGUGAUCCUGGCACAAGAGGUCCUCCAGGCAUCCCUGGUAGAGAAGGGCCAAAGGGAAGCAAAGGUGAACGUGGAUUUCCUGGGCUUGCUGGAGAGAAAGGUGAUGAGGGCCUUCAAGGUGCUCCUGGACUGCCAGGCAUUCCAGGACCCAGUGGACCUUCUGGAGUCACAGGAAGACCUGGACAUCCCGGGCCAGCAGGGUCAAAAGGCGAAAAGGGUAGUGAAGGUUCUCCUGGGCAACCUGGACCACCUGGGCCUCCGGGUAUGCCUUACAAUGAAAGAAAUGGAAUGAGCAGCUUAUAUAAACUCCAGGGAGGUGUGAGUGUUGCUAGUUAUCCAGGCCCACCAGGACCUCCCGGUCCCAAAGGAGAUCCUGGCACAGUGGGAGACCCAGGACCAAUGGGAUUACCAGGACUGGAAGGACUCCCAGGGGAAAAGGGUGACCGGGGACCAGCUGGCACGCCAGGAGUAGCCGGGACACCGGGAAAGCCGGGAUCUCCUGGGUCCCCAGGGAUGCCAGGGGAACCUGGUGAAAGGGGCCCUAUAGGAGAUAUCGGCUUCCCCGGGCCAGAAGGGCCACAAGGAAAACCAGGAAUCAAUGGAAAAGAUGGAUUGCCAGGUCCUCCGGGUGCUGUAGGGAGACCAGGAGACAGAGGACCCAAAGGAGAACGUGGAGAUCAGGGUAUUCCAGGAGACAGAGGUCCACAGGGUGAACGAGGGAAACCUGGCCCAUCAGGAGAAAAGGGGGAUGUAGGUCCUGUUGGGCCCCCAGGAGACAGAGGCUAUCCAGGGUCACCAGGCCAUCAAGGUCCCCCAGGUUCUCCAGGACCCCCAGGGUUUCCAGUUGAUGCAGUUUCACUCGAAGAAAUAAAAAAUUACAUCAAACAAGAAGUUCUUAAGGUUUUUGAAGAAAGGAUGGCUCAGUUUGUAUCCCAGCUGAAGCUGCCUGCUGCAAUGCUUGCCUCCCAAGCGCACGGAAAACCAGGGCCCCCAGGAAAAGAUGGGUUACCGGGACCACCAGGAAAGGAUGGUUUGCCAGGGCCACCAGGAGAACGUGGAAUUCAAGUUUGGUCUGCUCUGGCGUCAGGGCAAGGCAGACUGGAAUGAAGAACAUGAGAGUAAAGCUGAAGAUGUGUGGAUCCUAAAGCUAUAAGAAGAAUAAAGAAUUACUAACACUGAUAUACGCAAACCCCUGAGAGAAGCUUGAAAAAUGUGAUGAGCUCAGAAUGAGAAGAACAAGAAUAAAGGAUCAAGGAAAACAAUAAAAGGCUUAGGAUCUUGCAACACUGACUUCUUCAUUACCUAAAUAUUCAGAUUACUGUAAAUGGUUAACUUCAAUGUCAGUGCCAGAUUAUUCAAUGAUGAUGUAUGUGGUGGAUAGUCCAAGAUGUUUCUGGAAAGUGGAACUUUGUACUAGGCUUCAUUUCCAGCUAGUGAGCAUCAAGAGUAAAGGUGAUAGCUAUGCUUAAAAGAAAAAAAAAAAUAAAGCUGCUUUGUCAUGCCUUAUGCUUAAGUAAAAGUAGUGCCCA